GCGCGAACACCUCAAGCGCAAGCAUCGCCAUACCGAUAGCCACAUUGAUUCAAUUGUCGGUGGAAUGACUAUGAAUGCAGCACGGAUCUCUACUACCGAUUGCACUAGAAGCAGUGUGAGCGGUGAAGACGCUGGAGAUGAGAGUGAGGAGCAGAAGGAGAUCAAGGAAGAGUCUAUGUAGAGCGGGACAAAAUCACGCAUGUCAUCCAUUCCGGUCCGAGAAGUCCUCCCCUGGCCAUUCCAGAGCGCGGGCAAAAUAUCGGAGUAGGAUCUUCUCUUCUGAUAUGGAAUCGACUCCCAUGAUCGACAUCCGUGUUGUGUCGAUAGAGCUGCUAGAUCCCCGGAAUAAGGCACACACUCUCCCGCUGUGGCGUGAUGACCUACCGCGUGAAGGUCGCAAACUAAAAUAUGACUUUCUUUGUUGGGUGAAUGACGGACUAACACUGCGCAAUGAGCGAUAUGUGAUUUGACUUCUAGAUUGCACUGGCAGCAGGUGGCGGUCUCCUUGGCUUUUCUUGACGAAGAAGUGAGCUUCCGCGCGAGCUUUCGCUUGUUGUUCCACUUCGAGCUUGAAAAACAACUGAAUUCGUGACCCUCACCAUCACUCACACACAUCUGCGAUAGCAAGUCUCAUAACGAAUUGAGACCCAAGGCGUACAGAUCUUCAACAUCAGACCAGAAGAGCAAGCAAAAUGGCCGACAACGACGCCUUCACCGAACGCGAACAGAAAGUCAUGGCUCUAGCCUGGCAGUGCUUCGCAGAGCAGCCAAAGAUUGACUUCGAGAAGCUUGCGCGGCUCAGUGGCUACACGAAUGUUCGCUCUGCUUCCAAUGCCUGGGGCGCAAUCAAGAAGAAGCUUGCCUCGCAGGCCAGCAAGUUUGGCGCAGGAGAUUCAGAUGUGAACGGCGACAACGAGAGCUCGGCCACGCCAAAGACUACCCCAAAGGCUACACCAAAGAAGCGCGGAAAGAAAGCAGCUGAUGAGGACGACGGAGAGGAGACUCCUGCUAAGAAGACCAAGGGCCGCAAGGGCAAGGCCACUCCCAAGAAAGCUGAUACGGACGAGGACAGCGCUGAGGGUGCUCCUGUCGUGAAGGCGGAGACGGAAAGCGAUGAUGACGGACUACUGCGGCAAGUUCAGGUCCUAGCUGGGCUGCUCGCUAUUCAGAAGCGCCAGUCAACAUGCAUGCGUGGCCUUGAGAGCGGCCGCUUGCAAUGCAUAGUAACCACACAAGAAGCAAAGAAAGGAUUGACCCUCAUUGUCUCUGUUCUCCAGGUGAAUCUCGACCCGCCUCAUGAGCAUCACUCCAUCAAGAAGAAGAUUGACGCCCUUUCCGAAGGCGCUGCCAUGAAGGGCGGCUCCAACGGCGCCAACGAGGGUUCUGAGACCGGCGCGGCUGCUACACCAUCGAAGGCAUCCGGCAAGAAGCGCAAGUCCGAUGCUAUCAAGACCGAAGGCGAAGACGACGACGACGCAGAGGCAGAGGGCACGCCGGCAAAGACGCCCAAGAAAGGCAGAAAGUCGAGCACUAAAGUCCAAGGCAAGGCUUCUGCCGCCACCGAGGAAGACGGGGAGAAAGACGAGGGACAAGAGAUGCCAUCAGAUGAUGUGAAGUCUGAACCCAAUGAGCAGAGCGCGAACCCCGCCGUGCGAGAGCUGCCGACAUGCCUGAUUACGAGUCUGCCACGGCGAACAGCCCAGCAAGACCAACAUCGCGACCACUCGCUUUCACCGCCGAGCAAAGCUGGUGGGCAUAGUGAUGGCCCCAAUCCGAGACAGCCCGUCUCUCCACCGCUAUCGCCUGCGCCAUCGACACUGCCCUCCCCUUCGCCAGUCGUCCCACCCUCUCGUGGCUCAUGCGUCUUUAACGACCAUACAGAUCCAGCUGUGUACGAGUUCAGCAAGAUUCGAAAUUUCACUUUCAUGGAGCUUAUGGAGAGCUCGAACUAUAUCACGGGCAGUAUCAUUGGCAGAAUACGAAUCAAGCCUGCCGAAUCCGACCAAACUGCCGAUUUGAAGCUCUCUGUGACAUAUGCUACUACGGGACCGUGGAAAGUUGAGAGACCCGCCUACUAUAUGACUGACGACAAAUUUGUGCUCCAGCUUCCAGAGCUUAAAAGCAUGAGUACAACGAGCACACAAUCAAGAGCAUGUCUGGGUGUCCAUGUUGACAUGGAGAUCAAAAAUGGCUUACGUUUGGAGAACUGGGAGCUUGCGUCCGGGAAUCUGGACGUGACGAUUGCAGAUGGUCUGUUCAACAGAAAACCUGGAGAAGAGAAGCUAUCAGUAUUUGACGUGAACAAGCACUCUAUCUUCAAUCUAAUUCGAGGAACUAUAUCAGCAGAACACUGGUCGAGCCGGGAGACCGAAAUCGAUGUCAUCUCUGGCUCAAUCAAAGGCAACUUUGCCCUUCGGGACUUGCUUUCCCUCAAAACACAUUCAGGAAGCGUUCGCGUGAAUGCGGAUCCUAAGGACGCAGAUCCAGAGAACAUCAAACCCGCCAACUUCCUCGUCGCGACCAGUUCCGGCAGCGUUCGCGUGGAAUUUCCUACCAAAGACCUUCCACUGCGAGAGUAUCAAACCCGUAUCGAAACCCAAAGCGGGAGUGUCGGCGGCACCUACAUACUCGGAGUGUUCACCUCUUUCCACACGCAAUCCGGCUCCGUAAAGCCACGCCUCAUCCCAGUGUUCAACAGCACCACCCCUUCCCAGCUCCACAUCGACACCCAAUCCGCAUCUCAAACCAUCUCCAUUCUAACCCCUCACCAAUACCCGGGCGCUUUCGCCCAACUCUUGAUGGAGCACAAGUACACUUCUUCUUCUGGAUCGCUGCAUCUCACGUACCCCCAGGAAUGGGAAGGGUAUAUUGAGGGUGAGACGGUCAGCGGUAGCAUUCAUGUCAAGGGUAAGGACGUACAUGUCUUGUCGCAAGGCAGAGUCGGACAUGUGUAUGAGCAUUUCGUCGCACGCAAAGGUUUCGGACAGGGACGAGUUGGGUUUAAGACGAGCAGUGGAAGUGUCAAUAUACAAGUGGGAGAUUUGUAG